AUGACUAAUCCCGACCCAGUGACUGGUACCCUACUGGGCUCAGGAGGCAGCCCCAGGUCCACGGGGAGAGCAGGACAGGCCCGAGGAUUCGGAACCCCAACACCGCGGGCGCGCAUCACCACAGAAGUGGCUCGGAGCUUUUGCCUGCAAGCGAGGGUCAGGCGGCUCCGGGCGGGGCCUGCGGGGCUAGGACAGCGUCACAGAGUCCUGGACUUCGGCUGGGUCUGGGAACUUCGACGGACGGGGUUCCAGGCAGAGCCGCGAGUCCUCCAGCCUUCAUUGCCGGGAGGAAAGGAUUCAGGGCCCAGAGGGGACUUCCCGGGCGCCUUCUCCCAACCCGAGGGGCUGGAGACCUGCAAGGACGGCGGAAUCUCUGCGACCAGAGUUCUGGCGCUGCCUCAGCCUGGCUCCGCGCGGAACCGCCGGUGCGGCGCCGGUGCGGCGGGGCCUGGGCCGCCUCGCACACCGGCUCGGGGAGGCUGGAGCCCGCUGGGCGGGGAGCGCGCCGGCGAGCGCGGGGAGAGCCUGGCCAGCUGUCGCCGGGAGCGCCCAAGCUCGCAGAGCAGCGGUCCUGAGGAUCGCAGCCUGGGCACCGAGAAAUCAGUGGCAUCAUGUUACUUAACUGCCAAGCAAGAAACCAAGAUGACUGUGACUAGUUGCUGUCCUUCAGUUACUGCUCGGCCAGAGCACCAGAUGUGGGAUAUCUCACAAUCUCAAUGAAUCCAGAGUGAACUUGCCCGGAGCUGAAACUCUCUGGCGAGACAUUUGGCAUAGUCAGCAGGAUUUGUUGCAGAUGGAAAAAUGGAACAAGCUGCCUUCAUGAGAGGGAUACUUCAGGGGGCUGCCCCUAUGGAUGGAUGACACCUCGGUAUCCCCCAAGUGGGUAUAUGGUCAUAGGUAGCUUGCCUCCUAGAGGAGUGGGUCCCUUCCCAGGGCAUAGGGAGGCGGAGGUGAUGCCUGAGGGAACAGAGGCAGCCCUCUGCAAAAUGGGGAAUUCCUUAAAGAAACAGAGUGUCCGUGAGGUGGCGGGAACCAUGGUUUGGCUAUUUCUCACAGUGUUAAAAAAGGCCGGCUGGGCAUAGAAGCCACAGGGCAUAAAUCUGCAAAGAAGUAAAAAGCUAACCUUUUCAAACAAUAUGGCUUCUCUCUCAC